AUGAUAACUCGUUUGAACAUUUUUUUUUUAUCUAUCUAUCUAUCUAUCUAUCUAUCUAUCUAUCUAUCUAUCUAUCUAUAUUUUUGUAGAGACACGUGUUUGAGUAGACGUACUAAUAUUAAAUUUACUUCUUCUUUCCUAUCUUCCAAAUUCUUCUAUUUUCGCUACUUCUCCCUCUUUAAACUUCUAAUUACUUUCUCCUGUUCUUCUUUCUCUUCCUCACUGUGCUUUCCUAUCUCUCCUCCUCUUUUCUAUAAUUCUUCUUGGCUUUCUCUUCACUUUGUCCUAUCUCUCAUUUACAGCUUUUCUUCCUUUGCUGAUCAUUGUCUUUCUUUCUGUCUUUUUUCUCUCCAUUCUCUUUUUCUUUCUCUUAUUUUUCUUACUUUCCUUCUCCCUUUUUAUUCUUUCCCUGUUCUCCAUUUUCCUAUAGCAUCUAUCAGAUUUUCUUUCUUUCUUUUUUCUUUCUUUCUUUCUUUCUUUCUUUCUUUUUCCUUUCUUUCUUUCUUUCUUUCUUUCUUUCUUUCUUUCUUUCUUUCUUCUUCUUCUUCUUCUUCUUCUUCUUCUUCUGCUGCUGCUCCUGCUGCUUUCAUUUUUGACUCCGUAUUCACAUUUUCUUUCCUUCUUUCUUUCUUUCUUUCUUUCUUCAUCUCUCAAUUCCCUACAUUUUCAUCUGAGAAAAUCUCUUCUUUCUUUUUCUUCGUCUCCCAUUUUUCUUUGAGUUUCUUUCUUCUUUCUCUUCUUUCUUUCUUUCUUUCUUUCUUUCUUUUUUCUUUCUUUCUUUCUUUAUUUCUUUCUUUCUUUCAUUCUUUCUUCAUUUCUCAAUUCCCUACAUUUUCAUCUGAGCUAAUCUCUUCCUUUUUCUUCGUCUCCUUAUUAUCUGCAUUUUCCUUUGAGCUUCUUUCUUUCUUUCUUUUUUCUUUCUUUCUUUCUUUCUUUCUUUCUUUCUUUGUCAUCUCUCAACUCUCUAUAUUCUCUUCUGAGCACAUUUCCAUCUUUUUUCUUUCAUUUAUUCAUUUUUUUUCUUUCUUUCUUUCUUUCUUUCUUUCUUUCUUUCUUUCUUUUUCUUUCUUUCUUUCUUUCUUUCUUUCUUUCUUUAAAUUUUCCUUUGUCUUUGUUUCUUUUUUCUCUUAUAUUUAUUUUCUUUCCCUAUUUUUUAAUUAUUUUUUCCUGACCCUAUUCAGUUUAUUUUUUCCUAUUCUUUUCCUUUCAUUUUUCUCUUUAUUUUACUUAUACUUAUUUGAUUUUACUGCUUUUCUCUUUCUUUCUUUCUUUCAUUUUUCAUUCUUUCUUUCUUUCUUUCUUUCUUUCUUUCUUUCUUUCUUUCUUUCUUUCUUUCUUUCACCAUUAUCGUUCUUUUUUUUCUUUUUAGUUUCUUCUCUCACUUCUUUCUUUCUUUCUUUCUUUGCAUUUUUCUUUUUCUGUUUCUUUGUUCUUUUAAAAUACCUUCCUUCUUUCUCGCAUGACUUUUUCGUUGAUUUUUACUGCUUUUCUCUUUCUUUCACUCUUUUUUCUUUCUUUCUUUAUCUUUCUUUCUUCAUUUUUUUCACCAUUAUCGUCCUUUUCUUCUUCUUCGGUUCAAUUUUCUGUCUUUUUUUUAUAUAUAAUUAUUACGUUUAUUUUUUUCUUCUCUUCCUUUCAUUCUUUUUUAUUUUUAUAUUUUCAUUCUACAUCACCGUAUUUUUCAUUUUUUCCUUAACUUUUUUCUUCCCUUUUUUUUCUUUUCUUUUAUGA